AUGAUGAAAUACACUAAUGUUACAAAUAUAAAAGACUUCAUAAUAAUUGGAUUUCCUGGACUUCUCCCUGAGUAUUAUGUAACAGUGUCUAUUGUUCUCCUCCUUGUUUUCCUGGCCAUUGUAGUCGGAAAUGCUUUUGUUUUAACUGUCAUCAUAUCCGAGAGGACUCUCCACAAACCAACAUACAUGAUCUUCUUAUAUCUUGCAAUAGGAGAUUUCCUUUUUGGUACUGUGACACUCCCAAAAAUCAUUGCCAGGUAUUGGUGGAAUGAUGUAACAAUCUCAUUUGGAGCCUGCUUUACACAGAUGUAUUUUGUUCAUUCUUUGGGGGCAUCUCAGUCUGCAAUUUUGUUCAUCAUGUCUUUGGAUCGCUUUGUUGCCAUAUUGUUUCCAUACAGAUAUCCUGUUUUAUUUACAAACAAAGUAGCUACUAUAUUUUGUGGCCUGUGUUGGGCACUUACAUUCAUACGUAUGAUGGGGCUUGUGCUUCAUGCCUUAACCUUGCCUUACUGUGACCAGAAUGUCAUUACGCAAUGUUAUUGUGAUCAUAACUCCAUAACUAAGCUGGGAUGUGGUGAUGAUGUCAAAUAUGUUAAAUAUGUUGCUUUGGCAAAUUCCAUGUUCUCUCUCAUGGUUCCUUUGUCAUUCAUAAUUUUAUCUUAUUUUUCUAUCAUCGUGGCUGCUCUGAAAAUAUCUCAAACAGGGAAGCGUUAUAAAUUGCUGUCAACCUGUACUCCUCAGAUCUUUAUUACCUGCCUUUACUAUGUACCAAGAUGUUUUGUUUAUCUCUCUGAUAAUUUGGGAUUCAAAUACAGUGUUGAUGGUCGUAUAAUUUUAGCAAUGACGUACAGCCUCAUACCUUCAGCAGUAAAUCCAAUGAUUUACUGCUUCCAGACUAAGGACAUUAAAGAGGCUUUGUUACAGAGGUAUAGAAAGCAAAGAAUAAACAUUGCAAUAAAAUGA